AUGACACAAAUUGUGCCGGUAGCAGUCGUGACAGGGGCAUCAAGAGGCAUCGGUAAUGCCAUUGUUAAAAAGCUUGCUAGUCAUGGAAUCAGUUGCCUAGCGAUCGCAUCAUCACCGGAGAGUAUAAGAAGUAUCGCGCUAGAGACCUUGCACAAACAGCAGAGACACAGAGCUUUGGCUAUAGAUUUGAGUAAUUGGCCCGAGUGGACUCAAAAAGAAACUCAUUAUGGUAUUGAACUUCAACCGAAUACAUCGGGAAACUUUUCCCUGUUUGAAAUGCUACAAAGUUGGUCUACACCGGAUAAACGAUACUGCUUGGAUUUACUAGUGAACUGUGCUGGGGUCACUCAAACCACUCUGAGUGUCAGCACUCCUCCUGCCACUAUCUCAAGGAUUAUGAAUGUCAAUUUUAUGAGUUGCGUAAGUCUUUGCAACAUGGCCAUUAGGCAGAUGAUUCGAGAUCGCAAAUAUACCACGUCAACACCCCAAAUCAUCAACAUAGGUUCUGUUCUCGGUUCCAGCUCCUUAAGAAUCCCUGGAACAUCAAUUUACGCAAGUUCGAAAGCCGCAUUGAACCAGUAUUCGCAAGUGUUGGGUCAGGAAACCGAUCGGCUAGGAAUCAACGUACAAACGAUAAAUCCGGGACUCGUUCGAACUACAAACAUGGUCCAAGAUCUCGACAAGCGCUCCCAACAGCAACUGGAACAGCUGAAAGGCGUCGAGAACCAAACAGUGGACCAGAUAGCUGAUAUAGUCUGGGCAAGCUAUACUAACAGUAUGUGA